UGUCUAGUCACUUCCUCGUCUCCUCUUCCCAUCCCCACCUCCUCUCUCUCUCCAUCUCUACAAUUAUUAGUAGUAGUAUAUCUUUUGCUAGAAAAAUAUCAACUCUUUAAAACCCAAAACUAAAACCAUUCUGGUUUCAAUACCCUCUUUAUAUCAAACCCACCAAAAAAAAAAGAUGCUUCUGUCUCCUGUUACCCUUCAACCCACUCUUUUUUCUGCUUAUGAACCAUUACUCCAUCAAUGCGUUUUGAUGUUUAGUGCUGCGCAACACCAAGUUUUGUAGAUUUUUUUGGUGAAAGUUUUAUUCUUUAUGGAUUUUGGUGCUGUUGGUUUGGAGGGGUUGGUGGGUUCGGACACAACCACAACUAGUAGCAGUGGUUUUGGUUCUCUUGCUGCUACAGUUUCGGGUUCGGAUCCUGACACGAAACACAAGUGGUACGGAUCUGGGUUUAUCAAGCAAGAAAGAUCUUAUUCUCCUGCUGAUGAAGAUGAAUGGAGAAGCUCUAAACUGUCCAAAACUACGUCAAUGAAUCAUUCACAUUAUAAGAAUCAUACUUUACUCAAAUCUAAUACUGCAGCUCCGUUCGCCGGUGAUAAUGGUCAGCAGCAGAUGCUGAGCUUUUCUUGUCCUAAAUCAGAGACUCAAAACUCUACGUUGCCUUACUUUCAACUCACUUCUUCUGCUGCCUAUAAUAGAAAUACAGGGCAUAACUAUGGCAAUUACAACACUGCAAAUCUGUAUGGAGUUUAUGCGGAUGCCAGAGGACCAUUUACUCCAUCUCAGUGGAUGGAGCUUGAACAUCAGGCCUUGAUCUACAAAUACAUAACUGCUAAUGUCCCUAUACCAUCUAAUCUGCUUAUCCCCAUAAGAAAAGCUCUUGAUUCUGCUGGUUUCUCUAGCUUCUCAGGCGGACUUCUCAGACCCAACCCAUUGUCAUGGGGUACUUUCCAUCUGGGAUUCUCUAACAACACCGACCCAGAGCCUGGAAGGUGUCGUAGAACAGAUGGGAAGAAAUGGCGGUGCUCAAGAGAUGCAGUUGCUGAUCAAAAGUACUGUGAGAGGCAUAUGAACAGAGGCCGCCAUCGUUCAAGAAAGCCUGUGGAAGGUCAAUCUGCCCAUUCUGCUGCUGGUGCAGCUGUUACUACCAUCACCACCACUACUGCAAAGCCAAUGUCCACUGCCUCCUCUUCAGUUUCACUUGUGGGCCCGCAUAGUGGCGGAAUUGGACAGCAUCAGCAGCAGCUCAAGAACUUGCAGCCUGAUAACUCAUCUAAUCUUUCUGCGACUGGCAGGAUGUUUCUUAAUAAAAAAGAGAAGGUGGGUGAGCGGCUGCAAGAUUCACAUGGGCUGUCGAUGUUAUCGUCUAACAUUGACCUGAAAUCUAAAGAAACCCCUCUCUCCAUCUCAAAAGAUUCAUCGCAUAUUGCUUUCGGACUUGUCAACUCUGACUCUCUCCUGAAUCCAUCACAUAAUGGCUCUACAAUAAUUAAUUGCAGAAACUUUGGUUCUUCUCAUGAUCUCACUGAUCAGGAAACUGUUUCUCAACGUUCUGUUCGCCAAUUCAUGGAUGAUUGGCCGAAAAGUCAGUCUGAUAGAUCAGCUGUUUCUUGGCCUCAACUUGAUGUGCAACCAGAUAGAACCCAGUUAUCGAUUUCAAUCCCCGCGGGCCAUCAUACAGAUUACAUGUCCUCUACUUCCUCUCCAAACAACGAAAAAGUAAAUCUUUCACCGCUAAGACUAUCACGUGAUUUUGAUCCGAUACAGAUGGGUCUUGGAGUUGGUAGUGUUAUUGAUGGUCAUAAUCGAAGGCAAGCGAAUUGGAUUCCAAUCUCUUGGGAGAAUUCAAUGGGCGGUCCUUUAGGUGAGGUUUUGCACAAUACAAGUAAUAGUGCUUCGGAGUGUAAAAGUUCAUCAGCACUGAACCUGAUGACAGAAGGUUGGGACAGUAGUUCUCAUGUAGGUUCAUCUCCCACCGGAGUGUUGCAGAAGACUACGUUUGGUUCGCUUUCGAACAGCAGUGCUGGAAGCAGCCCAAGAACUGAGAACAAUAAAACCAGUGAAGGGGCUAGUAUGUGUACUGAUCUAUUGGGUUCGAGUCUUGUGCAUUCAACUUCAUUGCCCGCCUUAAACUCCACUAUUUCUUCGAAGGAGAAAUUUUGUAGUUUUUGGUUUGGUCAUUUUCAUUUCUUUAUGGAUUUUGGGGUAGGGGGUGGUUUGGAGGGAUUGGUGGGUUCAUCAGAUCAUGAAACAAAACAAGAAUGGUACGGAUCUGGGUUUCUUAACAAAGAAAGAUCUGGUACUACUGGUGAUGAUCAAGAUGAAUGGAAGAGCUCUAAACAGUCAAAGACAAACGUUUCUACCAAAUCUAACGGCAAUACCAAUCUUUUCGGUGGUAAUGGCCAGCAACAGCAACAAAUGCUGAGUUUUUCUUGUCCCAAAUCAGAAUCCUUCUCCUCUGUUGAGAGAAGCUCUCAGAAUGCUACAUUGCCUGGAUUUCAUAUCACUUCUUCUGCUUAUAAUCGAAGUUCAGGGUACAAUUAUGGAAGCUUUAAUUAUGCAAACAUGCAUGGAUUUUUUACAGAGGCUAGAGGGCCAUUUUCUCCAUCUCAGUGGAUGGAGCUUGAACACCAGGCCUUGAUCUACAAGUAUAUAACUGCUAAUGUCCCAGUACCUUCUAAUCUGCUUAUCCCCAUUAAAAAAGCUUUUGAUUCUCUUGGCUUCUCUAACUUUUCCGGUGGACUCCUCAGAGCUAAUACAUUGCCAUGGGGCGCUUUCCAUCUGGGUUUCUCGAGCAACACCGACCCAGAGCCGGGGCGUUGCCGUAGGACAGAUGGGAAGAAAUGGCGGUGCUCAAGAGACGCGGUUGCUGAUCAGAAGUACUGUGAGCGGCAUAUGAACAGAGGCCGUCAUCGUUCAAGAAAGCAUGUGGAAGGCCAAUCUGGCCAUUCUGCUGCUGCUGCUACAACUAUUACCAAUGCAAAGUCGACACCAAAUGCUGCACUAUCCUCCGCGUCAGCAUCAGUGCCGGGGCUUAAGGGCAGCGGUGCAUCCAACAAUGUCACCAUUGCCCAAAAUCAGCAGCAGCAGCUUAAGAACUUGCAGCCAGAUGGCUUGUUUAAUCUUUCUGCAGCAACUCCCCUUAACAGAAUGUUCUUUAGUAAAGACAGUUUGGGUGAAAGACUGCAAGAUUCAUCCAGUGAGUUCAUUCUAUCAUCCGAUACUGAUUUGAAAUCUAAAGAAAACCCUAUUUUUUCUCCAAAACAAAAUAGCUCAUAUCAGGAGUCUUCACAAAUUGAGUUUGGACACGUCAACUCCGAUUCUCUCGUUAACCCUUCACAUAAUAGCUCUUCAUCGGUUAGUUGCAGAGACUUCAGCACUGCUCGGGAUGGCACUGAACAGGAAACUGUUCCUCAAUAUUCCAGUCGUGAGUUCAUGGAGGGUUGGCCUAAAAGCCAAUCUGAUAAAUUCGGUGUCUCAUGGCCUCAACUGGGUGUCCAGUCAGAUAGAACUCAGUUAUCCAUUUCAAUCCCCAUAGCUUCUGCAGAGUUCAAGUUCCCUACCUACUCUCUAAACAAGGACAAAUCUGCUGUUUCUGCUCCAAGGUUUUUGCGUGAUAAUGACGGGAUUCAAGUCCCAUGGGAAACUUCAAUGGGUGGUCCUCUUGGAGAGGUUUUGCAUAAUGGCAGUAACAGUCCCCGGUUAGGUUUAUCACCCACGGGGGUCUUACAAAAGACCACAUUUGGCUCUCUUUCGAAUAGCAGUGCCGGAAGUAGCCCACGAGCAGAAAAUAACAGGACCACUGAAGGAGCCAGCCUCCGGCAUGAUAUUCUGGGUUCAAGCCUGAUGCAUUCUUCUUUGCCUGCACUUUAACUGCUUUAUCUGGUGAUGUAGUUGCAGGAGGAAUUAUUUUUAUCUCUGUUGACUGGAUAUUAAACUACUUAAUCAGUCUUUGACAUUGUUUUUUUAUUUCCGACUGAAAUCUUACAUGAUUAAUUUGUACCUA